ACAUCGUAUUGGGUUUGUUGAAGUUACAUGGGUAUUACGUUUGUAGUCACAAAAAAUCGGCCAUUUAUAGUACUGAGAGUAUUAUUGGGUAGAGUUUUACAAUUGUUKGGUUGGGAUGAGUGUGCUUUGUGCUAUCUGUAAACUCUUGGAUCCGGAUGGAACUUUUUAAAACUUUAUAUGAACCAGCCGGCUAUGGCGACUGGAAAACGUUUUUGAUUCAAUCUGUAAAAGARAAUCACUCAAAACAAAUACUUGUGCCAUAUCUUCAAGGUGAAAAAGGGUUAAACUUGACACAAAAGAAUCAGUUUUCAAAUGUCUUGCAUGGAAGGUCACAUAUGGGUCUGAGUAAAAUUUCUCGAUUUUAAGCUGUAUAGUUAUGUCAUUAAUUAUUUAAAAUUGGAAAAUAUACAAAUAUCAAUGCGCUAUUGUCACCAUUGGCGUCGAUGGAUUAUCUCCAGCUGGUUCAUAGACAAAAAUAGGAAUUAAAAAGGAAGAAAAGAAGAUUGGAAUACACAGACAAAAAGUGUAAGCGUCUAUGUACAAAGCUCUCAGCAUGUAGUCGAUCAAUUCUUUUGACACAUCGGUAGCAUGAAAAGAAUAAACAAUGAAUUGAUACAAUAGGAAUUGAUCAUACAUCUUAAGGAAGAAAAAAAUAAUAAGUUCUGGAGUAAAACAUAUCAACAGUAUGCAUUGUUGAACAAUCUACGUUUUCUAUUAAAAAGUCGCGAAUAAAAUCAAUGAUAAAAGAAAUAUCAUUUCGGAAACCAUACGUGACCGAAAACGGGGAAACAACUUUGAACUGAAUUAUCCCCUUAUACUGACGAAUUUAGUAUACUAUGACAAUAAUUCCAGUAUCCGAACUCCAGUUCAGGUGCCUUGGUUUYCUAUUUCCCAACUAAGAAAUAUAAUCCGCUGUAUAGCAAUCGAGCCAUUUCUCGGAAAAGCGACUGCGGUGUGGCGUUAAACAUCACGGUCUUCUGUUGGUAAAAUAGUAUUCUCCAAACCUUUCCCAAUCUACUGAGAGGAUGGAGUUAGGGUCUAUCAUUCGUGAUGUCGUGUUGGAGUCCUCGAGAGCUGAUUCUGAGCAGGAAGUUUCAGAUAACAGAGCUAAAAAGAUUUUCCCAAGUAAGACAGGACUGUUCUGGGAUGUAGUUCGUCAUUUGUUCUAUGGUCUCACAUWCCUAGCCCACACCAGUCUUGCUGUGACGUUUCUUAGUUUCUUUGUGACAGCACUCAGCUUCAGUGUCAACUGUGCUUUAGAGAUYGUCCUUGAGAUGAUCACWCCAAUAGGCGACUCGUUUCACCGUAGAAACUUCUAUGGUUCUUGCUUGUUUAUUAUCCUCCUGUGCGUUAUUCUGAUGAGCUCGUUGGUGCUGUCGCUGUUUUGGGAAGUAGUGGGAAUGAUUCUGCACAAGUCUGCGAUGAGGUACAGCAUCAUCAAAAUUGUCCUUUUUUUCAUUGAUAUCGUGACUGCAGGCAUUUGGUCAGCGUACACCAAGUCAGCGGAAACUGGAUUCAUUUCGUUCUUGUCGAAGUGUCUGAUCGUCUCCUGGGUGAUGGCUUUUGUUUUAUCUUUGCUGGGAUCCCUCUUUCUAUUGAUUUUUGUUUACAGAGAAAAACUCGGUCUUCAACCUAUAUUACCAGUAAGAGUACCAGUAGUGGCGGAUGCAGAGCUGUUAAUUGUCAUCGGAUGGUUAAUAAUUUUGCUCAUCUUUUCCAUCUUGUCUCCGAUUGCUUUCAAACUUGUUGACGGGUCAUCUSCUGGCAUUGCUUUUGGUUUCCUUUUGCCAUUUUGCACUUUGUUGCUUAGCGCAUAUCUCACAGCUAGAGGUUGCAAGGAAGAAGGGCGCGGAUUCGUGAUUGACAAGAAUAUAUUUUUGUUGAAUUCUACUGUAUUCCUGGCCAUUGUUAUCGCUGGCGYAAACAUUAACAUGACUUGCGGUAAAGAAUGCCAACUUGGUCCUCCAUCCAAGAACUCUUACAUGCACAGGUAUAGCAGUAUGGUCAAGGACACGCCCAAGAUCCCUGGCUAUCCUAWUUGUGACAAACAAUGGAGCUCCCUACAGUUGAAAAUAACCGACAUGGCGUUUCUAGCCGAUACUGCUUACAAAAUCAAGUCGGAAAAYAAGACAAAUAUUGCGAAUAUUGUGAAUAACUAUUUCAUGGAUCGUAAUCUACAGUGGACCGUCGAGUCUGUUAACAACAAAAARCCUUUCUUCUUUCACAUCCGCCACCCUUCAAGCAAAGUGAAUGUAGUGAGUAUUCGCGGGACUGUAGACGCGCGGGACUGGUUUGAGAAUGCUAAAWUGUGGAAUGAGAUUGCAGUGUUUCAGUUGAUCUCAGUCGCACUACCAAUACAACACCUGCCAUUUGAGUUUGUUGCCUUCUUCAUCGCAAAGUCAGCGUCUAUUGAUUACCUGUUACAUCGAUCUACGUACGGCUAUUAUUUUAAACCUUUGGAAGACUACAUCAAAGCAGAGAGAAAUGCUUCGGAGGAGGAAUACUACUUGGUAGGGCACUCGUUAGGCGGUGGACUUGCCAAGAUAAUUGGMAGUAGGAAUAAGAUUCCAGCCAUUGCCAUAUCAAGUCCAGGAGAGAUUUACAAUCACAUUAAGUUUGACUACACUUUAGAAGACGUCCAGACCUACACGACUACAGUUCGCGCUCARAAYGAUCUUGUCACGUGGAUUGAUAGAUCUGGGGGGCUSAUCCAGCAUGUGGAGUGCGACAACUCAGAUYUUUUAAAGUGUCACAGCAUCUACAAGACGUAUUGCGAGCUAAAGAAGAAAUGUCACGCAACGACAAGAAUCCAUUGUCCUGGUGAUCCUAGCACUUUGGACUUGGUGAUGAAGAGAUUACACAUUAAACCAUAGAAUGUAAUGAAAUAAUAUGCAAACCAUAAUAGGAUAAGGUUGACUAUUAGAAAUAUUUGUAGAAAAUAUAAUCUAGACGAGUACUUGUAAGUAUGAUAUGUACCAAAAAAAAUAAGAUACAACGAUACAAAAAUUGAUAUCCUUAUAGUGUUGGCGGGCUCUUAUCAGUAGUUGCAGUCAAUCUUUAAAACUUUUAUAGCCAAGGUCAUGUUUAUUGCAACAAAACCUUUCCCUGUCAAAUGAUAGUUAGUGGUUAAGCUAGGAACGAAUAAGUACAUUUUUUUACGAUUUAAGUGAGUCUACUGUAUCGCAGGGAUUAGAGUGGUCACGGCAAGGCUCCUCAAAAGCUUCCCAAAAAGGUAGCUCUUUGGACACAACAUAUUUGUUGUUUUAUUACCAUAUUAAAACGAAUUUUAUUUAUUUUUAAAAAGUUCUAUGU